CAAUUGUGUUUCGUCGCUGCAUAGCGCGAUCAACGCCGCUCGUACCAAGUGGUCCGGAGCGGAGAGGACAGCGUCCAUUCUUGAUUUGUGGGUAACUCGUGGCCAACCUACGCAGGUGGGUAGGGCAGCCGCCGUCUAAACGCAAUUCGUCAUCGUCUUUUAGCAAUAACUACAAGUAACAGCCCCUAUGAUACUCAGUUACACGUUCCGACUUUCGACAAUACUCCCAGUAACUUGUGUUCUAUUUUGGGCUCUGCCCCAAUUGGACCGCUCACAUUCAGUCAGUCUCGUUACGGCGUGUUGCCAUGUUACGAGAUUAUCGUGUGUCGAGAUUUCUCGUAUUCAAAGAUCGAAAUCGCGCGGCACUAGUCUAAGCGACAGCGACUCCUGUGCUGGUAAUGGAAAACCUCAAGGUUAUGGUUGCGACCACGUGGGACUCAUUCGGAACAUUCAGCCCGAUGCGGACAGGAAUCGGUUCAGAGAGAGCGGGGGGGGGGGGGGGGGCAAUGGGGUUGACAAACCCAUUCAAGGGUGAAUACGGAUGUAAUUUGACAAUUGUAUGCUCGCAAGGGCAAAUGGCCGAGCUGAGUUCGACUCGCAUCUUCGUUAUACCGAGAACGAAAAGCAUAACCAUUAC